AUGAAGCUUAUGACCUUAUCCGGUGGUCUCUUAGACCAGGUACAAUGUCCAGUCUUUGUGGGCGACGCGGAGGCUGAUCUCUACGUUGCUGCGGCUCAGUCCCCUCUUGGGGCAGUGGCCUCGGACAAGAGGGCGACGUAUAAGCAUUUUACGAAGGCUGAACCUGCUGAUGCUCAUUGCAAUCUUGGUGCCAUGGCUUUCCAGAACCAGGUCUUGUUCAAGUGGUUGGACCAGCAGAUCAAUCUGCCAAAAUGA